CCUCCCGCUGCGCGACGCACCCCAAACCCCCAAACCUCAACCGCUGACUCGUCGAUUAUCGCAGUGACCUCUCACCCGGCCAAAGGUGCUGGCCACGGCCAGCAAUCGACCUUGCCCCUCAUGCCUGACGACCUGAGAGCCGCGUCGCUUCACAACCUCGCGUCCCCGUCCGAGCGGCGAACCACCAGGACGGCGCAAUCGACCCCAAUGCAUAGUCGCGAGUCAUCCGCCGUCCGAGGCAGAGUCACCGAGCCUUCCACCUUGGCCCCGACCCUCCAAGCUCGCCGCGGCCAUUCCGGCUCAAAGAGUCCCGACGUCUCGUCCGGCCGCCCUGCAGGAUAUGACGUGGGAUUGGAAAGACGACCGUCGAACUCGUACGGCCACCACCGACAGACCUCCAUUGUCCACGGCAUGCAGCACUCGCGCAACCCCAGCAUGGCCGGCUCGACCGCCUCCGCCAGCCCCCUCAGCCCCGAGCUGAUCGCCUCCCUCGGUCGCGGCGGCUUCGACGAAGCGGGUCCUCCGAGUAAACUAGACCAGCUCGAUGCGCACCCAACCUACCAGAGCCCAGCAGGAAUCGCGACAGGACAUGGGGCUCCAGGCACACUGAGCACGAUCCAGGACAACGAUAUUGACGACACAUUGAAUGGCAGUCCCAUAAGCAUGGUGCACAAACGGAUGAAUUCUGGAGGCGUAUCGAGACGAGAUCGGUCUCACAGUCGCUCGCAAUCCAAACAUCAUUCGGAGUCUAAAACCGUGGGGGAGUAUGCUCUUCAUCAUUUGUUCAACUCUUUUGUUGGCCAAGCAGACAGCAAGAUCAACCAGGCCAUACUGAAGCUGGGGGAAUCCGAUGCCCCCGUGGAGGAAGUUUGCGGGCCCGGUGCAGACGCAAAUUUCGAUCAGUUGAUAUCCGCCCUUGGACAUAUCGCUCGCCAGAAGCCGAAGCCGUUGAUUGACACAAUCAUGCUCUGGAGGAAAGCCAAAGGAGAUGCUGCAAUCACCGCGAGGCAAAUGACGAAUGAGCAGCCAAAGCCAAUUGUCACUGAGAAUGGAGUGCUAAUGCGUCGCAAUACGGAACCCACCCAGACCCCUACUGAAGCUGGCGCUCCUGCGGAUCGUCCCCCACAAGCGACACCAUUCCUUUCCCGCCAUGAUGAUGUUGCUCUAGUGGAGCGACGAGCAACCGUCUCGGUCUACUUGGUAUGCCGAGUAUUGAUUGAGAUCUUCAACCAGAGCAGCCUUGCAUCAAUCACCCUUGACAUGGCUGACCGUCUUGAAGAUAUUGUGUUUGGCCAGAUUAAAACAGUGGAUCCAGAACAGAUAUCUGCAUCUCCUCUUCGGAUGGCCAAUUGGAGAAUUUAUGGCCAAUUGCUCGGGAUUAUGAGUGAAGCAAACUUCACCAGUGUUACCAAUCGCUUCCUAGGCGAACUUGAAAAAUUCCAAAAAGAUGAAGCAACCCGUGGCCCAACACGCGAUGGCGAUGCCAAAGCAGAGCUUCUGAUCUUGGGUAUGAGGUAUUUGCGCCUUCCAAUGAAUCCGGAAGCUUGGUCCAAAUCCUGCGAGUUCAUGCGAUCGUUGGCGCGCCUUUUCGUCAAUGCACACGGGCAAAGAAUCAAACAGGCCUAUUGCUACGUGAUUGAGAAACUCUUACUCCCGGUGGCUGCAAACCCGACAGUGGAUCUGGCGACUCCUCGAUGGAAGGAGUUUUUGGAUCUGGUUCAACCGCGACUGGCGCAGCUUCUUACCAAGCCUCGCCACUGGGCAUCUUCCUUUUCAUUGAACGUGCUAUUGCUGUGUAUCUCAAGCAAGGAGACCUUCUCCGUACAAUGGCUGUCCAUGAUAUCGACCUUACCCCCACGACUCAAAGACCGCCCUACUCGUGCGCCUGCUCUGCAAGCAAUCUGUCGCCUCGUUUGGACAUACUUCUUCCGCUACUCCGAUUCUCCAACAAUCACGCUUCGCAAGGUUGAAGAAGUGGCAAAGAUCGCUCUGCCUACCGGACGAAGGACGUACCUCAGCGCAGAGCCGACAUUUGCAGACCCGCUGAUCCAGCUGAUUCGAAUGAUCGGUUUUAAGCAUCCAGACGUUUGCUUCAGAAGUGUCAUUUUCCCUUUGAUCAAUUCCGAUCUCUUCUUGUCUGGCAGAGAAGUGAAAAUUGAGCAAAUGGAACCCGAGAAAAUGGUCAUUGGUAUCCGUUCUUUCCUCGCUACCAUGUCUGAUCUGGAGACAAGUGAUCAACUCUGUCCUCCCUUCCCUACCGGCUCUCUCCCGAAUCCAUUUUUAGAAUCAUCGACCCCAAUCUACUUUUACCGACCCCAGUUGUUAGCAGAGCCCAAGGUUGCCACCGCCUCACAAAAGUCCGAGCCCUCAUGGAGCCCGGUUAAUAUGUCGAGGCUGAGUGACAAUGUGAAAGAGUAUUAUCUCCGUUUCUGUGAAGUCCUCGGCAAAGUCACCAUUAUCUGCGACAACACAUUCGGUGGCCAAGCAGUUCUAGAUGAGAAAUUUGGUGGAACCACGCCCAAGACUCCGUUGACCGAAGCCUUCGGGUUUGGACGACGUGACGACCACAUGAAUGCGGUCGAUCAGAAGCAAGGAUUCUAUGAACUCCUUCACGUCGCGGUACAGGCCCUACCUCGUUGCCUCUCCGACCAUAUCCCCUUCAACUCGUUGAUCAACCUCCUCUGCACGGGAACCGCUCAUGUGCAAUCACAUAUUGCCAAGUCAUCAGCAGAAUCGUUGAAGUCAAUCGCUCGACAGUCUCAUGCGCAGCAAGUCACCAUAGGCUUCGCCAGAUUCAUUUUCAGUUUUGACGUACGCUAUUCCACCAUGUCCGACGAGGGAAUGCUUGGCCCGGGCCACAUUGAAUCAACCCUGCGACUUUACGUUGAACUACUUCGAAUUUGGAUCGAUGAAAUCAAACAAAAGACCAAAGAAGCGGCGUCAGAGCAGCUCGAGAAAACCGUUUCUGGAAGUCGAGCUCUGCACCUUGACCUUUCGAGUGUUCUUGCACAUGUAGAAGAGAUUGAAUCACACGGCCUCUUCUUCCUAUGCUCACAAUCGCGGAGAGUCCGGGCCUUUGCCAUCAAUGUUCUGCGCCUGAUCACUGAAUUUGACAGUGCACUCGGCAAAGAAAACACAAGAAUAAUCAGGAUUCUUGAAGCCGAUUCCCAGCAGAUUCUGGAUCUGAAUGACGAGCAACUUACCGUAGCAGAGAGAAGUCGUAUCCAAAAGGGCAAACGAAGAAGCGCGUCGCAGAAUACUCUCAUCGAACUUUGCAGCAGUGAAGUUUCAUACGACUCUACUUUGUGGGCAAAAGUGUUCCCAAAUAUCAUCCGGUUCAGUUUCGAGACCUGUCCAUUUGCUGUUACCCUUGGCAGAGAAAUUGUUUGCACACGCCUUGUUCAAAUGCACAAGUCGAUCUCUUCACUGGCAGAGAGAUCACGACCACCGCAGUACUCUCCCGUGGAUGUCUACCAGGGUCGACCCACAGGUAGGAGCAACAUGACUGCGGAGAUUCUCGUUGAACAAUGGAAACUGUACCUGGUCAUGGCCUGCACCACCGUCACUAGCGUCGGUGCUCAAUCCCAGAGUCAGUUGGCGAAUGCCCAGCACACGCGGAAGGCCUCGAAGGGCGCCUCAUCUUCAGACAAGAUCAGCUCAGCCAGAAGUCUUUUUGCAUUCGUCAUUCCGCUCCUCUCUGCUGAGCGGGAUUCUAUUCGGAACGCGAUCGUGAUUGCCCUUGGCGCUAUCCACAAGAAUCUUUACCGCACUCUGCUGGAAUCUCUUCAGUAUGCGGUCACCACAUGUAACGAGGAGGCCAAAAUUCGUAUUGGCGCCCACCAUCGGACACCCAGCAGUCCCCGCAGGGACCGCAAGACAGACCGUCUGCGCACUGAAGUCACUCACGUGUACAAGCUGACUUCUUACUUCCUACGAGAACCAGAAGUUUACAAUGAGGAUUGGAUUGUUAACAAUCUGAUCACGUACGCCAAAGAUAUCCGGAUAUUUCUGAGUGAUGCCGAGGUCCAAAACGACUGGGAGUUCCAGCGUUUACGCUUCCAUUACUGUGGUCUGAUGGAAGAGCUUUUCGAAGGGGUGAACCGCACGAAGGACCCUUCACGAUGGAUUCCCUUCGAAUCACGGAAAUCUGCCUUCUCUCUCAUGGAGGAUUGGUGCGGUUAUUCCCCAAAUCAAAACCAUAUCAAUGAGCGCGAGGAAAACAUGCGGAAAUUUGCCAUGCAUCAACCCCACGAGGGCGGCGAAAUGAGGAACGCUGGCGCCGCUACGGAAAUCGAAAAGAAAAAUCUGCGGGCAGCUGCCUUGAGUGCGAUGGCGUCACUUUGUGCUGGCCCUAUUAGCAUCACUACCGAAAGCGGAUCGGUGCUUCAAUUCGAUGUCGGUCGGAUGCUGUCCUGGAUCGAUAUAAUCUUCGGUACCCUGAGCGACAAGUGGCAUUCGAUUGGCCGCCGAGCCCUCAAGAAUCUCAUCAUCCACAACAAGGAACAUUCAUACCUGAUGGAGCGAUCCGUUGAGAUGUGCUACGUGUCUGAACGGCCCAAGGCCUUGGAAAGUUACUUCGAAGUUGUGACCGAGGUGCUCAUCGAGCACCCUGACUACCCACUGAGAUUCUGGAGAAUCCUUGGUGCAGUGUUAGUAACGCUCGGCAAUCAGAAGCGUGAGAUCCGCAUGAAGUCGGCGAAGCUCCUCCGCAGACUCGAAGAACGCCAGCAAAAGAGCUCGCGGAUCGAAGACUUUGACAUCAGCAUCUCAGACAAAACAACUGCUGUUUAUAAACUUGCCCAGUUUGAGACAUCCAAGCGAUUGGCUAACCAACAUACCGACUUGGCCUUCACCUUGUUCUCUGAGUUUGCCUUGCACUUCCGCAAUCUUAGCCCAGACAGCCAGCGAAACAUGGUUGCUGCUAUUUUGCCGUGGGUUCAAACCAUGGAGCUACAGGUUGAUCCAAAUGGUGGCCCAACGGCGCGGUCCUACAUGCUCCUUGCCAAUCUUUUUGAAAUUACAAUUCGCUGCAGCACCACCUUGCCCAACCAAGUUCAAGCCUUGUGGCAGGCGCUCGCGACAGGUCCUCAUGGAGGCAAUGUCCAGCUGGUUCUUGACUUCAUCAUUAGCCUCUGCCUUGAACGCAAGGAACAAAAUUUUGUGGAAUACGCCAAGCAAGUGGUUGUCUUCCUGGCCGCAACUCCAGCCGGUUCGAAAGUAGUCGAGUUCUUCCUCUUACAAGUGGUGCCAAAGAAUAUGGUCCAGGAGCGAAAGGAGAUUACUGCGCCUCCUCCGGAUCUUAAGAAUCUCCCCUAUGUUGCGGACCUGAACACGGUGCUUCCUGUUGGAAGCCAUAAACAAGCUGGCCUUUCACUUGGACAGGUGGCUCUCAUCUUCCUCGUUGAUCUCAUGGUGGCGCCCGUAACACUUGUCCUGAACGAUGUGGUCAAACUGCUCCAUGUCGUUCUCAUUCUCUGGGACCAUUACACCCUCACUGUGCAGGAGCAAGCCCGAGAGAUGCUGGUCCAUCUCAUUCAUGAACUAGUGACUGCUAAGCUGGAGGAUUCUUCUCCCCCUGGCGCUCGUCAACUAUUCGAGGACUUCGUGGAGUCAAUUCGCAAGAGCGAUCCUGCCGUCGUCUGGGAGUAUGAAGAGAAUUCCGGCAAGGACGACGAGACUGAAGAUCGCCGAGUGCCCUCGGCCAUGGCCACGGUCACCCGCGAUGUGAUCAAAUUUUUCAGCUUUGCAUACGAAGGAGUCGGGGAUCUUUGGGCCAAAGAAGCCUUGAACUGGGCCACUUCUUGCCCUGUUCGACAUCUGGCGUGUCGUUCAUUCCAGGUUUUCCGCUGCAUCUCAACCUCCCUGGAUUCGCGAAUGCUGGCGGAUAUGCUUGCUCGACUCUCCAACACGAUUGCAGACGAGGAAACCGACUAUCAAACAUUCUCAAUGGAGAUUCUCACAACCCUAAAAGUUAUCAUCAGCUCGUUGGCCCCGGCGGAUUUGUUGCACUAUCCUCAACUAUUCUGGACCACGUGCGCUUGUCUCAACACCAUUCAUGAAAGUGAAUUCAUUGAAAGCCUUGGAAUGCUGGAAAAGUUCCUGGAUCGUGUCGAUUUAAGCGAUCCUGCCGUGGAAGGGCAGCUCCUUGAUGGCCAGCCACCCAAAUGGGAGGGCGGAUUUGAUGGUCUUCAGGACCUGGUGUUCAAAGGCCUAAAGUCUUCUGAGUCGUUCAACCGCACACUGGACGUGAUUCAUCGCCUCAGUGGCAUUCCCAAUAAUGAGUUGAUUGGAGAUGGAACCCGCCAGCUUUUCACAAUUCUGGCGAACUUGCCUCAUUUUCUUCAGUGCUUUGAGGAAAGUUUCACGAACCCCAAGCCUAUUGCACGCGCUAGCCUCCUGGCUCGUGUCGCGGAGAACGAAAGGUGUCCCCGACUCGCGGCGUCUUUGUUCGGAUUUGCGAAUCAGCAAUACAAGACCGAGGGUGUCUUUCUAGACCACAUCAUCACAGAGAUCAAGUCUUAUUAUUUCCCUCAUCUUGACUUCCAGUGCCUCAUUUUCUUGAUGGGUCUUCUGACUAAUACCACGGAUUGGUUUAGAAUAAAAACCAUGAAGAUCCUCUGUGUCUUGAUCCCCGAGGUGGAUAUGCGUCGCAAUGAGGUGACUUGUCACGGUCCUGAUCUGAUUUCACCCUUAUUGCGGCUUCUGCAGACCAACCUCUGUCCCCAGGCUUUAGAGGUGUUGGAUCACAUAAUGACAGUCGCUGGCAAUCCAAUGGAGCGUCAUCACCUCCGCAUGAGCAUGGCUUCUGCAACUUCGUCGCGCGCAAUCCGGAAAGAGUAUGAACGCAUACAGAGCCUGUACGGCAUCCCCGAGCCUUCCGGCUGGUCUGUGCCUAUGCCUGCGACCCAGUCCUCAUUGACUCGGAACAAUGUUCAUGCUGUGUUCUAUACAUGUGCUGAAACCGAGCACAUGAAUACGGAGGAUGUCAUGACGCCCGAUGUGGAGUUCCGGGCAGAUGACUUCAACGAAUCGUUCUUCCCCAUGAGAGCCGACACGAUGAAGUCCAUUGAAACCCAGACCGACGAUAACAUUGGCAACAUUGUCCAGAAGCUGGAUAGUUUGGAUGACUUUUUCGACGAGACGAGCGUGCCAAAGUUCAACUCAGUGGCCCCGCCUAUGCUUCGGGGGUUUACUGGCAGUUAUGUGGACACGAACGCCCAUUUGUAUGACCAACAGACGGCGCCGAUUCUGCGAAAGUCGCUCGCACGAACUGGCUCGACAUCUUCGUUCCACGACGGUCUUGCAGAAUCUCGACCAGCCAACUUCCGUUUCGAUAGUCCAAGUAUGCCUUCUCCUGUGGCAGCAACUCCCCACAGCUCGAGUCAAACUUUGAGGCCCGCCUCACAUACCCGGUCUGUCACGUCGCCUGCGAACAAUUUGUUCGCCCACACCCAGCCACCUGGGAUUCACGGAACACCGCCGAUCGGGAUAAAUGAUUCUGCUUUCUUCUCCGACGACGACAUCGAAGAGGCACAUUCCGAUAUGGAGGAACGAUCAUCAGAAAAGACGCCAGCAACCCAGCUUCCCCCAAUGGUUCGCAGUGCAACCGAUGGCUCUCAUUCCCUUGAGUCUAUGAUCCGCAGCGGCAUGCGCCGACUCACGGGCGGUGCAGCGAAUAAUCGAGAAAAGGAACGACAGCGAGACCUCCUCCGUGCCCAGAACCGCGCUAUCGUUCAGACAGCCAGUUCUCCCCGCGUACCAAAAGUACCCGAGGCGUACCUCGCCGGGCCAACCAGCCACCCUACCUCACCCAGAUCGUAG